AUGGGAUUUGAGUUGGAUCGGUUUAAAGGGGCUGUGGACCCAGAUUUUAAAUGCAACUUGUGUAAUAAAGUUCUAGAAGACCCGCUCACUACUCCGUGUGGUCACGUCUUCUGCGCAAACUGUGUGCUGCCUUGGGUUGUCCAGCAAAGCAGCUGCCCCGUCAAAUGUCAAAGGAUCUCCACGAAAGAGCUGAACCACGUUCUCCCCCUGAAAAACCUGAUUCUGAAGCUGGACAUAAAGUGUGACAACCAUGCCAGAGGCUGUGAAAAAGUGGUAAAGCUGCAACAUCUAGCAGAGCACGCCGAGAUGUGCGAUUACUCACCGGCCAAAUGCAGGAAUAAAGGAUGCAACGAGGUGCUCGAUCUGAAGGACAUGGAUGCCCAUAUGCGCGAAUCGUGUGAUUACAGACCGGUCGGGAUAUGCCACAGUGGAUGUGGCUUGAUGCUCACCCACAAAGAGCAAAAACUAGACACCCAUUGCUGUUUGAAAGCCAUGAAAGCACAUAAUAGUGCAUUGCACGGGAAGGUGGUCAGCUUGGACAAAGAGUUCAAGAAGCAAUCUUUGAAAUCAAGUAAAAGAGAGAAAUCACUUCUUGCUCAACUCUCCGCUGUGCACAAUGAACUACAAAUGACAGCACUGAAGUAUCAGAAAAAAUUCACUGAAUACAGUGCAAGGAUCGAUUCGCUGACCAAGACCCUUGCUCCCCCGUGCAAGGUAAGAACGUUUCAAAAAGCACACUACGGGACUUGUGGCUAUUCCAAAUAGUUACUUUGUUUGUGAUUGUCCAUCGUUCUGUGUUACUUUUUAUCUAUAGAGCGCGGGUACUGUCAUUAUUUUCACAUCUGGUCUUCGAGCGCUACGUUGUUUCAUUUUCCGUUAUUUAUGAGGUGUUUGUAUUAACCAAUUGAACACUUUAGUGUUCCGAUGUCUGCCAGGUUACGUCCUUGACCAGAUAGACUUUGAAUCUCCUGUGGUAAAACACGGUUGCAUUAGGCCUAGUCUACUAUUUAUUGGCGUUUAAUCUGAUUUCUAACGACGAAUUAGGCUACUUGUAGGUGCCAAGUAAUGGUCAGAAGUUUGUUUAUUUUCCUCAGCUUGCCAUACAUACGCCUACAUGUCUGUCAGCUGCAUUUGCAGCCAGCUGGCAAAUCUGGGGGAGGGGGAAAUAUUUACUGGUGUUUACUGUAGACACCGAGACCCCGGUCACAAUUACCUCCACAUGGAUCACCAACCUCUUCAUGGUUAAUUGAGACUGUCGGUCUGCAGACGUUGCAAUAUAGUAUUCUCUUGUAAUUACAUAAUAAAAGUGAUGUUGUAGUAAUACUAAUAUGUUAUUUAAUAAUGUUGUAUUAGUAUGACUAGUAUUGUAUUUUCUUCCUAGAAAUCAUUAAACAUAUUCAUUCAUUUAUAUCUGAAAUAUACACUGAGUGUACAAAACAUUAAGAACACCUUCCUAUAUUGAGUUGCAAUGUCUCAAUUGUCUUAAGGCUUAAAAAUACUUAUUUAAUAACCUGCCUCUUCCCCUUCAUCUACACUGAUUGAAGUGGAUUUAACAAGUGACAUUAAUAAGGGAUUAUAGCUUUCACCUCGAUUCACCUGGUCAGUCUGUGUCAUGGAAAGAGGUGUCCUUAAUGUUUUGUACACUCAGUGCAUAUUGCAUAGUUUUUGCCAUGUUCUAUAGCCAAGACUUGGACUCAACACAGUGGACAUAAAAUGAUAGAGGCCUCCCUUCUGGUCAGCCAGGGAGAGGUUGAAAUGUUUAUGAUCUUGUAUAAGUCCAUAUCAACCCAUAGUGGAAGAACAGGCAAGGUAAGGUACGGUACAAGGCUACAAGCAUUCUGAACGUAAGGGAACAGACACACCAGCCUGGUCUCGUAGAUUGGACGUAACAUAGUAAAUAUAAUUCCGGGACACUCAAAUUAGUAUGAUAUGUUACGUUUGGUAUAGUUACAUAAGAUUUUUGGUUACUUAGUAGGGUGGGUGGGCGUAUAACGCGAACAUCUUGCAACCCAAAGGUUGCAUGGUCAAAUCUCAUCAUGGACAACUUUAGCAUUUUAGCUAAUUAGCAACUUUGCAACUACUUAACAUGUUAGCUAACCCUUCCUCUAACUUUAACCCUUUAACCUAACUCCUAACCUUAACCCUAACCUUAACCCCUAACCAGUGGCGGCUCCUGAAAAAAUUCUCAGGGGGGGCAAUUUUUCUGAUGAUUUAGGUGACCUACACACAUUUAAAAAAAGAUAUGUCCAGCAACAACAUGAAGACAGCGGCAGCAUAUAAGUCAAUACCAGAAGCAUUUAUUGACUGAUCUCAAAAGUGUUGGCUUACAAAAGCAAAAUAAGUUAUCACAGUAAAAAUAAUCAAGGGUGUUCUUUCACAUUCCUCAACACUGCAUAAACAAUAUGCAUUUCCAUAAAACACCUCAUCUAAUUGUGCCACAAAGUUGACAAGUCCAAGAAAAAUACCAGGGUUGGUGGAGCCCUCAGUUUCAUCUUUGCCUCGCAAAGCUAACUCAAACACUCCGCAAAACUUCACAUACUGGAUUAGCCGGCUGAGGAUGUGGCGGUUCUUGCUAACCUCAUCGUUGUGGCGGCGGACAGCUAGCCUGUAUCCCUCAUCCAGUUGAGUGGCAAUGUUCACUCUCCCCAAAGCAGACAAUCUCAAACAGCUAUCCAUGUGGGUCUUUGACAGCUCAUGUUUCUUAAUCUUUUCUGAAAGAUGGUGCAUGUCCGUUACACCAGUCGCUGUCCAAGCGGUGCUGUCUGCCGUGCCGCCUUCAGGGUGAAAGAGUAAGCAAGGGUAGCAGAAGACUGCAUUAGCUACAUCGCAGCCUGCUAGCCAGGUUUUUCGUUCGUACCAAUUUUUGGAAAAUCCUUGGGUGUAGGACUUUCCCCCUUUAUUAGAAACCUGUUGAAUUAUUACAUUUGGUCUGGGAGGUCCUAAUUGUUUCGUUGCCAAUUUAUCUUGAUUUGUUCGCCGACAAAAAGGAACUUCUUUCAAAGAGACAAUCGAGUUGCACUGAACGCUAGCCAUCUUGACAGUAGUACGUGAAUUGAUUGACGCUGCUACCCGCUCUUUUCUUAGUUACGUUCAUGGUUAUGUUACGUAUGACGAAAGCGCGUAAGUGCAAGCCCUCCCGGAACCCAUAGAGAUUGUAUUGAAAGCUCUGAUAUUUGAAAAAAAAAGAUUUUACAUGAGAGUCUAUGAGAGACUUCUGGGGCGAUUUUCAACCUGACUGAAAUCGCCCCAAAAGGGGCGGGGCCAUUUGAAGCACGACUUUAGCCUUAUUGGACAUUUAGUGGCAGAUCAGACGUCUAGAUUAGAACACUGAUAACUACUGUUGCCAUGAUAUAAUUGAUUAGAAAAAAAAUCCCUUCCUUUUCCCGUUUGGCAGUGCGUCGCCCAUAUCGCCCUAAUGAACACACCGCCCCUGCCCCUAACCCAGCUAAUGUAAGCCACCUAGCUAACGGUAGUGCUAACCACCUAUCUAACGUUAGCAACAACAAAUUGCAAUUCGUAACAUAUCAUACGAAUUUUAAUUCGUAACAUUUCAUACAAAAUGGAUGAUGGACAUCCACAAAUUAAUACAUACCAUAUGAAACGUAACAUAUCAUACUAAUUGUAGUGUUCCGGAUAUAUUUUUACUAUGUUACGUCUACACUUGAUAGUUAGUGGGACUUGUUUAGACCUUUACCUAGUGUUAUUGUGUUUUCUCCCCUUGCUUUUACACUCUUUUAAAAUGUGUGCUGCACCUCACUACCACAGUAUUACUAGAUACACUAUCAGAUUUGACGACUAACAUGUUUUUUCAGCCUGGUAGCAGAAAGAGGAAGAGAUUAAGAUUACACUUUCAACACACUUUCAAAACACUUUACAGAUUCAGGUUUCUUAUUUAGUACUGUCUAUUCAAUCCUCUGAAAUGGCUGCACUGUACAAACUCAGUUAAAGUGGAUGAACAAAGUUGUUCUCCUCCUUGAAGCUCUAAUCCCUGGAAAACAUCUCAGAAGGAAUCAUUUCUCAAAUUAUCCAUGAAAGAAAAAGAGGAAGCAAGAAAAAAAUCAUUAUAUGGAUGAUGUGGUUAUUUUAAAGGCUUUUUCUCUUCAGAUUUUUUCUUCAGAUUCAGUCAAGCAGUAUGAACAGGAUUGCUUGGCGAGUAAUGUCAGUGCACAUGUGGCAGUAUCUGUGGCAGUAUCAAACGGAAAGAAACAAGUGGAAUUAACUGUUGGAGGCGGGCGACUUGACUGCCGCUGCAUUGCAAAUCUCAGCGAACCAGCGUCUGUGUUUUUACUUGGGCUAGUUCAGGUCACGUGUUAUCAGAUCGUCUGAAAUGUAUGACUUACUUCAGAUUCAGGCUGACAUAUUUGCUCCCCAAUCCACUGCAUAACAGGAGAAAUAUCAAUGGUGACAGGUAACCUCUUUUGACUGCUGGGUUUGGAGCACGGAAUCUUAGCCACGUUGAAAAAUGUACAGGAAAACAUGGCAUAGGCCAGCUUUCCAGUACUGCUAUACACCUGGCUUCUGAUGUACAGAAUUGAACAGAAUAAGGAAACUGGCUAAGAAUGACUGGGCUGCAUAAGGGAAUGUGGUCUUUCUCCGUGGUCCUGUCAUAAAUAAGGCUACAUAGGUUAGGUGAAUGCGAAGCAAGAUCAACACUGUCUGCGAUGAUUGGCGUCUGUCUGUGGGAUAAGUGUCUGUUUGGCAUGACAUGCUUACCCAACUGGUUUUAGAAGUCUUCAGUCCUCCGUACACAUUGUCUUGAUUUCUCAGUUCCUACAGAUCUAGGCUUUCCUUACAACAUAUAAAAGGUAUGGACAAUGCUGAAUGCAUAAGACUAACUUGCCUACCCUUCUACUUUCAGUUAUGAGUCAAAAACUUUUUCCUUAUUUUUCAUAUUCUUAGAUAUGCCAUUAUCCUUUCAGGAAAUAGCCAAUAAUUGUCUUUAAAUAUAGAACGCUUUACACAUGCGCCUACACAACUUGGUGAACAUUCUUCCAUGGCAGACAUACAGUAUAGGCUAGUACUCUGAACCUUAUCCUGUAGCCUAUAUGGUAGCCAGACUCAGUCAUGACACUGUACGUACCGUUAAUAUCUGCUUUUAUAUUUAGCUCCUGUAUGCUAUGGCAUACUCCAUACUGAGAUGACCGCUGACAUGAUGGUCCCAGCCCCAGUCCCACCCCCUGACUGUCCCCUUAAAAAAGUGGAUUAAGAGAGCUGACUGCACUGGUUUCCCAGCGUUCCACUUGUCAUCACUCCAUUGACAGAGAGGUCUACUGGUGUAUUAAUACACAUAGCAAAUGGCUUUUGGAGCAAGAGAAGGAAAGAGAGAAGGAAAAAGCCUCAACCCUUACUUGAACCAGUCACUUACAUUUACAUUUUAGUCAUUUAGCAGACGCUCUUAUCCAGAGAGACUUACAGGAGCAAUUAGGGUUAAGUGCCUUGCUCAAGGGCACAUCGACAGAUUUUUCACCUAGUCAGCUCGGGGAUUAGAACCAGCGACCUUUCAGUUACUGGCACAAUGCUCUUAACCACUAAGCUACCUGCCGCUCUCUUUCCCAGAGAGCUAGCCUAAGCCACAGAGAAUCAUGAUAUAGGUCCACACCAGUAAUGUACUAAGAUGUGAGAACAGAUAGAUCUUUCCCCCCUGCUACCAGCCAUGUUGGUUACACCGAUACCUUUACAUAUCCAUUUACCAUGUAUGGAGUAGCUUGGGGUUCUGCCCAUUUUACCUCAGGCUAUUUCUAUCGUACCUCAAAUACUCCAUUGACUUCUAGGUCAAUUUCAUAGAUUUGUUCAGUACUUUCUAUUGCGUUGUUCCAAGUUAUUUUUGUGUUGUUUUAAGUGAAAAUAAACACCUGCCAAUUGUCUGCCUGUCUGCAUGUCUGUCUUCAAGGAGUUUCUUUUGUUAUUCUUUAUGAUUUGUUCAAUAAUUGAUGUUAUUCAGUGAUAUUUGGGUUGUUAAUGACUUCCUGUCCUCUGUCUGUCUGUCCACAGGGCGGGGAGACCAAAAACGUCACAGCCAUCCUUCAUCGGAAGGGAGGUUCUCUGGGCUUCAACAUCGUGGGAGGACGACCAUGUGCGGUAGGUUACAAGUGGCAUCUCUGGGUUACUGUUUUAUCUCAUUGAUGGUCAGCAAAGUGUCAUAUGGGAAAUCAGGAAUGGAGGCACAUACUUGAACUACAAUGAACUAUAGUUUUGUGUUUUACCCCUAAACCAACAUAGCUUGCACACGCAGUGCAAGGAACGCCCUUGAGCCUAUGUGGAUGGAUCACAUUGUGUUUGUAUAAUGGUUGGGUUUAGCAGAUUUUUUUUCUCCAGAUAAAAACUAUAAAUACUUUAAAUGAGGAUUAAAUGAAGGAUUAUGACUGUGCCCACACUAUUGUCCUCUUUAAUUGAGGCGACUAUGAUGACAUGGUAAACACAGACGAGGUGUGAAAUUGGUCCUCUGCCCUGAGCUGAUAACCUGUUAUAGCCUUGGUGUUUGCUGUCUCACUGUCUUCGCAGACAAUCAUUAAUGAUGCCAUAGGCUCCUGUGAGGAGAGGGAAGGGAAUAUCAAUGCUGAACUGGGAUCAGGGCACGUAUUCACAAAUAUUCUUAGAGUAGGAGGACUGAUAUAGGAUCAGUUUUGCCUUUCUAGAUAAUAAUGAAUACAAUUAUAUGGAAAGGGGGGACCUGAUCCAAGAUUGGCACUCCUACUCAGAUACUUUUUUAAUUUGGGCUCAGAGCUCAGUUAGAACUGGGUCUCCUACAUAUGGAGCAUCUCAAUCUCUGUACAGAGUAAGCUGGUCACAGUGAAAUGGUGUUUGCAGUAUCUUUUUCACUGGGAAGAAUGUGUGCUAAAGUGUUCCACUCAAAUCAAAUCAAAUCUUAUUUGCCACAUGUGCCAAAUACAACAGGUGUAGACAUUACAGUGAAAUGCUUACUUACAAGCCCUUAACCAACAAUACAGUUUUUAAGAAAAUAAAAAACAAGUGUUAAGUAAAAAAUAGAUAAAUAAAAAAUAGCAAAUAAUUAAAGAGCAGCAGUAAAAUAAGAUAAUAGUAGGGAGGCUAUAUACAGGGGGUACCGGUACAGAGUCAAUGUGCGGGGGCACCGGUUAGUCAAGGUAAUUGAGGUAAUAUGUACAUGUAGGUAGAGUUAAAGUGACUAUGCAUAAAUAAUAAACAGAGUAGCAGCAGCGUAAAAGAGGGGGUUGGGGUGGGGUGGCAAUGCAAAUAGUCUGGGUAGCCAUGAAUAGCUGUUCAGGAGUCUUAUUGCUUGGGGGUAGAAGCUGUUAAGAAGCCUUUUGGACCUAGACUUGGCACUCCGGUACCGCUUGCCAUGCGGUAGCAGAGAGAACAGACUAUGACUAGGGUGGCUGGACUCUUUGAUAAUUUUUAGGGUCUUUUUUAGGGCCUUCCAAACACCCAAAGCUUUUUAUUUUUAUUGAUUCCAUGGUCUUGUAGAUUUGUAACCUUUCCGGUUCCCUUGACAGAACCGUGCAUCAACCCAAAGAGUUUUGACAGCGAAGAGAAAAUGUUUUACGUUAUCGCUCACUAUGUACAUUGAAAUAUGCACUUUGCUAGCAAAUGAGAAGAGCUCAGUUGUUAUUUUUUACAUCUGGAGAAUUGAUCCGUGGGUCUACAAAACACAGGAGGCAGGUGAGGGGAGGACAGCUUGUAAUAAUAUCUGGAAUGGUGUAAAUGGAAUGGUAUUAAAACACAUAUAAACCAUUUCAGCCAUUCCAUUUACUCCAUUCCAGCCAUUACUAUGAGCCCGUCCUCUCCAAUUAAGGUGCCACCAGCCACCUGUGCUACAAAAGGGGAUCCCAUAUGCUCAACUUUUGCUCGAAGUGUUUUUAAGGCUAGAAUGACUUCAUAAAGAGGUCACCAAAUCCUCCACAAGAAACUAUUGAUUCAUGGCAUUGUCACCCUUGACUAGGGUUGAUGCGAUUCAGAGGCAGAGUUGGGUUGGGCACCAGGCUGACUAUGAUUAAAGGCUGGCCUUUGUAGACAAUGUAGCAUCUAAGUCCUGGAGUUUGUCCGCACUGUGGCCCCAGGGCAGGGGGAUGCAUGGCAAAGCAUCAGGCCUAUCACACUCCUGCUGUAACAUUCCCUUGGCAAUCCGGGACAUUUUGGGGGAAUAUGUGUUGGUUUCACAGUUAACACUUUGCUGUGAUGAACUCGGAAAAAAGAGGAAGCAGACCUGAAAUAAUGAAUUGCAGCAUUCACAGCUUGACUUCUGAGGUUUCUUUAAGUAUUCCAUAUAAAUUUAGCACAGUGUCGCACGACUUGGCAGAGUCACGGAGUUGGUUUGAUGUGGUUUUAUGAGAGAGCUGAGAGGGAUGUUGGGAGUGCUUUGUUAAGCCAAUCGAAGCUCUUACAACUCAGGAGUCACAGCCUCACUGAUGGACGCAGAGUAACUCAUAUCCAUCCAACACAUCCAUUCAACAUUUAUCCCCUCUAAGGGUCUGGGUCGCAGUCGCAUUAUCCAGCCAUAGGAAACAUGUCAACUGGCAGGCCAUUUUGGCACUGGGGCUCUGUGGAGCCCAACAUUAAGUCCUGUGUAAUGUGCACCUGCAACCACUUGCCAGUCACUGCGGGCUGUUGAGCCCUGCGGUUAAUCGCUGGGUUAACAAGGCUGUGUUGAUGACUGCAGUUGUGUUCACAUGUAAAGACCGCAGGGUGUCUCUGACCCUGAUUCGUGGGAAUGGGUAAUGGGAAAACCAUUUUAAAUUGUCUGCAUAAUAUCCUCAGGGCUUUUGAAAGUAGGUUAGGCAGUUUUAGCAAGAGACUUGUUUAAUAUUUUAAGGAUAUUAUUUUUGCUGAAUAAUUAAGUAAAUGACCAUGGAUUGUAUUUACAUUUUUUAUGUAAUCAUCUUCAAUGGUUACAAAUAUUUCUUAACCAAUUUGAUCAAUGUGUUAUCUGAGAUUAUCAGGAAAUGGGUCAUUAACAUGCCAUUCCCCCCCCCCCCCCCCCCCCCCCCCAACAGGACGACCAUGUUAGCACUUCGAAUGAAGGAAUUUUUGUAUCCAAGAUCAUUGAGAAGGGACCAACAGACAAGGAGGGAGGCCUUCAGAUCCACGACAGAAUAAUGGAGGUAUGUGACUGA